AUGACUAGAUUUCUAACAACAGAGCGGAAACAAGCUAUUAAGUAUCAAGUAAAAUUAUUUGGCAGGGCAACGCUUACAAUAUGGGCCAUAUUCGGUCUUCUUUUCCUCACACGGAGUGUCCUUGAAUUUGAUCGUGAUGAUCUUAGAUAUCCUUCACCACCAGGGUGGACUUGGUUGACCAUAAUCGGGUGGCAUCAUGCAAGAAGAGGUGAGAAAGGGGACGAGAAGACGGGGUUCGUCGACUGGCCAGCAAUUGCUCAAAUCUACAGUCAUGUCCUGAUGAGACUUGAAGAUCCAGAGCUAGACGGCGCGGGCUUGCAACCCAUAUUAAAGGAAGACGGCGAGAUAUCUGUUGCAGGAGUGGGGAAAACUGGACUGGAUAUCUCUGCAAGACCAGAGGCAUGGCGACGAGGAUACUAUCAAGUCCUAAUGGGCAUGGCGAGAACUUCAGAGAAUGUUGAAAAGGUAGUGAAGGACGCGAAAAGGCUCAUGAUGUUUCCAGCGGACACCGUCGUUGGUCCUUCUAACCCACAUCCAAGGCAGCCACACCGAGGCGCUGAGCCCCCUCCUCUCGAGGAAGAUGUUCAACAGGCCUUUGAAUCUCCACAUGUUUACUAUUCAAAGCUACUUACAACCAACGGUUUUACUAAUGGCCAACGUCUUGAGGCGGCUCUUGCCUACGGCGAUUGGCUUGACUUCAAGGGCCUAUCGGACACUGCGGAAGACGUCUUUGAUUGGGGUUUGGAUAUAGCCAUGGGUGGGCUGCCGCAGGGGAUCAAUGAGGUUGUUGAUAUCAGAACCGGGAUAAUUUCUAAUGAAGCUAGUUAUGUCUCGUCUAACAUGCUGAUGGCAACCACGGCUUUGGCGUCACAUCACGCUCGACAUGGUGAUCUCGCCGCUGCGCUUCCCAUUUUUGCUUCCAUAUUGCGAGCUAGGAAGCAGCUCCCUAAAUCAUCAACGAAAAAAGGUGGUCGAAUCAAGCGCGAAAGCACUUGGUCCACGAUAUGGGAGUAUUGGAGCACUCUUUUCUCCAGACGCCCCUUUCCUCCUCAGCCUCCAAAUGGCGAUGAGAUGCCUGAACGUUCUGAUACCUCCAUCUGUGAGGAAGCAGGUCUGAUGUCUAACAUCGGAGAAACACUCUUCGCAUCGACAAUCUCCAAGUCAGCAGAAGCUUCAUCUCUCAGCAGACCUUUAGGAACGUCCUCUAAGAAGUCUACUAAAACAGGUCAUCUGAGGACUCAAGAAGAAGGACUUAGCUGGACUCGCGAAGCUGUUUAUUUAGCAGAAUCAACUCUGGAAUCCGCUGCCAAGAAUGACAGAGUGGCUCGAAGAAAAUGCAGUGAAUGUUUGGGUAGCGCUAUGGACAAUUGGGCUACCAUGGCCAGAAGUAUGCUCAAGGAUGAGCAGGCAGCCAAGCAAAUUGAACGGCCCAAAAAGAAUUGGUUUUGGGGAUCUUCUACGCCCGAGGACGAAAGCAAGUGGGAAUUUGAGACCCAAAUAAUCCAAGAGAAGCUCAGAACAGUGAGCAACUUACUGUCUCGGGAAGACAAGCAGCUGGAACAAAGAGACUUUUAUCAUUUCAUCUUUGGAAGAUGA